AUGCUCGGCGAAGACGAGGACGUGUUCGACAGCGUUACCUGGGAAUCUCCCGCUAUCCCGCCUUCGUACGAUGGCCCGUCCACUGCCGUAGGCACUCUGGGCUUCAGGCAAAGCACUUCCGAGAGCGAGGACGGGCGCGGGCCACACGACCCGAAGUGGGAGGGCUACCUCAUCACCACCGUCAAAGACCCCGUCAAGGAGCUUGCGGAAACGAAGGAUGCCUACGUGUCAUAUUUGUCUCUGCCAAGGUUGCUGAUACGACGCAAGACGAAUCUCCCCAUAUUCUCAACACCUACUCCGUCGGCGCGGAGGCGUUUCACAGACUUCGUUUUCCUUCGUUCGCAUCUCGCGAAAGACUUUCCCGCAUGCGUCGUGCCUCCUCUGCCGGACAAGCACAGGCUUGAAUAUCCCGAGUUCAUGGAGCGACGGCGAGCAGACUUGCACCUCUUCUUGCAACGACUCGCCAGACACCCAACACUACAAAGGAGCACGCUCUUGCGUGCUUUCUUUGAGUCGACAGAAUGGCAUGUCAUCAUGCACCAGCAUGUUGCUCAUCCUCCAGUUCCGGAGCAAUCAUCUGGCGUGAUUGACAGUCUCUCUGAUACCCUGUUAAACGCAUUCUCCCGCGUGCGCAAGCCCGACGAACGCUUCAUGGCCAUGCGCGAACAUGUUGAUAAGUUCGAGGAAGGCAUCACGCUCUCUGAACGUCUCUUCAGCCGGAUUCGGAACCGCACGAACGAUGGCAACCCUGAACCGGGUGAAGAUCUUACGGGAGACUACCACGACCUCGCCGUUGCCGUGCAGGGUCUUGGCUUCCUGGAGUCCGGCAUCACCGACCCCCUGAACCAUUUCUCGAACACUCUCCUCGAGUUUUCUGCGCUCAUACGCCACACGACGCAAAUGACCGCCGACCCUUUCCUCGUCCACCUCCACGCAGUGCUUCAGUACUCGCAUGCCAAUCGCGCCGUUCUCAAGCUUCGCGACCAGAAGCAGAUGGACUUUGAAGAACUCUCAGAGUAUCUAUCCAACGUGACGGCGGAGCGGGAUCGCCUGGCCGCAGUCAUUAGCGGUCGUGCUGGGAGCACCGGCCUUGGCCUCGGGGCGUACCUCAAAGACAGAGUAGACGCCAUUCGCGGUGCGGACGAUGAUCGUAGUCGUGUAGAGCGUAUGCGCAAGCUCGACGUCAAGAUUAAGGAGCUGCAAGACGCUGUUCAGACAGCUCAUGAGACGUCAGAUGCGUUUAGUGACGAGACUCUCCGUGAACAGAAGGUCUUCCAGUUGACUAAGGAAGCCGAAAUGAAAGAGAUGCUCGGAAGCUAUGCCGAUGGUCAAAUCGAAUUUUACAAGGCGGCCAUGGAGGAAUGGGAUCGGGUUAUACCAAUUAUUCAACGUAUACGCGUAGACGUCUAA